CGCGCGGGCCACACUUCUCGCUAGUCAAAGUGUGAUCCCUCGCUCCCCCGCCACCACCGCCGCUGCCGCUGCCAUGUCCGCCGCCGCCGCCGCCGCCGCCGCCGGCGGCCGAGGUCUCAAAUCCGUCUCCCGCGCCGCCUUCUCCUGGAAGCCGACGGGCCGGGCGCAGCAGACGCUCGCGGCGGCGGUGAGCAGGUCGGGCGUGGGGCUCCACUCGGGCGCGCGCGCCACCGCCACGCUGCUCCCUGCGCGCGCCGGCGAGGGGAGGUACUUCGUCGUGGAGGAGGCGAGGGUGGCGGCGGAGGCGGGGAAUGCCGAGCCACAGUCUCCGCUCUGCACCACGCUGCGGAGCGGGAGCGGGAGCGGCGGCGCGCGGGUGCGCACGGUCGAGCACUUGCUCUCGGCCAUGGAGGCGCUCGGCGUCGACAACUGCCGCGUCGAGGUCAGCGGCGGCGAUGAGAUCCCUUUGCUUGAUGGAUCAGCGCAAGAGUGGGUGGAGGCCAUCCGGGGUGCAGGUCUGUGUGCGGCCGAGGAUAUCAGUGGACAAAAGUUGGAGAAACUGGCACCCAAAAUCGACGAGCCUGUUUACCUGCGGAAGGACGAUUGCUUUGUAGCUGCAUUCCCUUCCUCGCAAAUCCACAUCACCUAUGGAAUUGAUUUUCCAAAGGUGCCAGCGAUUGGUUGUCAAUGGUUCAAUACAUUCCUGGAUGCUGAUAUAUACUCAAGCAAGAUAGCUCCUGCAAGAACUUUCUGUAUUUUUGAAGAGGUUGAAAAAAUGCGUGGUGCUGGGCUUAUAAAAGGAGGAUCACUGGAAAAUGCUAUGGUUUGCAGUAUGUCUGGUGGUUGGCUUAAUCCACCACUUCGUUUUGAUGAUGAACCUUGCCGCCACAAGAUUUUAGAUCUUAUAGGUGAUUUCUCACUUCUUGCACGGAAUGGCAGCCAGGGUUUUCCAAUUGCUCAUAUAGUUGCCUACAAGGCUGGUCAUUCCCUGCACACCAGUUUCCUACAUCAUUUAUCGGGGAAGACUAGUGUGGACCAAGCAACGCUUGCUUAACGAUUUUGGAGCGCAUGGUGGCGGGUAUUGUUCAUAUGUUGGUGAUAGUGAUGCUCAACAAGAAGAUGGCAGAUUUCAGCAUACGGUACUAACAAUCAUGUGAUGGUCCUCAUCCUGACAGUCGGACUGGUGUCAGCUCAUAGUUAGAUUAAAAUCCUACCAUAUCUCUGAGUACUCAUAUAUCUCCAUCUCUGGCAAGUGAUUUCUUUUGUUUCAUGAACCGACACCAGAAAGGAUGGCAUUUGCGAACAUUUUUCAUGGCAGUUUAAGUUAUAGGGGAUGCCAUUUUCUUAAGAAGAGCAUGACAAAAAAAACUGUCAGUUAACAUUACAGCAGUAUUUCUCAUGCUUUCUGAAGAUUGAUCUGAAGAAUUAUGUUUGUA